GGGUCGGGUCGGCGCCUGCCCCUUGCGGGCUACAACGAACCCCGCGACUCGUCAUCUCCUUCGCGUAAUCUUCUCACUCUUCACACAAUUUCUUGCACAUUCUCUUGUUCAGAAACCAACCUCUCCUGCCAUGGAAUAAUACAAGAAGGUAAAAAGAAAAGAAAAGACUCGUUCGAUUUCAAUUCUCCAACCAUAUUUUCUACUCAUAAUGAGCAUAUUGGAAGAAGACACCUCCCCCUCCAACUAAGAGAAGCCCCGAAAUCUUCUUUAAACUACUGCAUAAAUUAACCAAAUCCUUUUCUUCUCUUGUUUACCUAAAGCAAAGCUUUAUUAAACAAAAGAAAUCCAAUACUCCAACGACUGUUUACCAACUUCCAAUGCAUAACUUCUUUUGUGGGCUUUCUAGCUCCGCUUUAUUCCACACCGGCCACUGAGAUCUCUGCAUUGGCGACCCAAUGGGAGUCCCUCUCGAAAUCACCGAGAUCGGUUUGGUCUUCUGAGACUCCACAACCUUAGAGUCGGCGAAGCGAUGGCCGGGGUUCGGUUGGGGCGGAGCGCCAAGCGUGGUGCUCCCUUGGGCUUCUGCGCCAAGGUAGCGCUGGUGAUACUUCUAGGGCUUGUUUUCAUCGUUGUCUGGUCCAUCUUCUCCUCCCCCACCUCCGCCGCCGUCUCCUCCCAGCGGAGCGGCUUCGACGACAUCUUCGACCCCGACGCCUCGCCGGCGGUCGGGAAGAAGAAGGAGGUGGAGGAAAGCAAGAAGAGGAAUCCAAGCUCGCCGCUGAAAGAUCGGAGUGGGAAUGGGAAUGGAAGAGGUAGUAGAUCGCCGGAGAAGAAGAAGAAGAAAGAAGGGGGGAUCGAGGAGAAGGCGGCUGCGGCAGCGAAGAAUGAGACGAGAGAGGUGGAAGGGCAGCAGGAGGAAGAGAGGGAGGGGGGAGAGGAUAUGGUGGAGGUGGAGGGAUUGGAGGAGGUGGUGGAGGGGGAGGGAGGGAUGGAUGAGGACAUGGAGGACGGGGUUGAUGUGAAUCCGGAGGAGGAGGAGGAGGAGAUGGUGAAUGAAGAGAAGAGUGCGGGGAAUAAGAAGAAGAAGAACAAGAAGAAGAAAAAGUUGGGACCUUUGUUUGAUCCGGGGGCUCGGUAUAAUUGGAAGCUUUGUGGUGGGAGGCAUGGGCAUAACUAUAUACCUUGUGUUGAUAUGGACGGUGGUCAUCGGCAUCAUGAGAGGAGUUGCCCUCGGAUGCCAUUGAUGUGCCUGGUUUCUCUUCCUCAGGAGUAUAGACCUCCGUUGCCUUGGCCCGAGAGAGAAUCCAAGAUAUUUUAUAAAAAUGUGGCUCAUCCAAAGCUCUCUGCCUUCAUUAAAACUCACAGUUGGUUAAAUCUAUCUGAGGAGUACUUAUUGUUUCCUCGGCAGGAAUCUGAGUUUAAAAGUGGGGCUCAGCACUACCUCAAUUCAAUUGACGAGAUGGCACCGGACAUUGAAUGGGGGAAAAAUAUUCGCGUAGUACUGGACAUUGGAUGUACGAGUGCUAGUUUUGGAUUAACUCUUCUCGAGAAAGAUGUGAUAAUAUUAUCUUUGGGACUGGCGAAUGAUCAAACAGAUCUAGCACAACUAGCCCUUGAGCGUGGUAUCCCUGCAGUGAUGGCAAAUUUGGGAUCAAGAAGGCUUCCUUUUCCAAGUGGUGUUUUUGAUGCUAUUCACUGUGGCAACUGUGAUGUGCCAUGGCAUUCUAGUGGUGGGAGGCUCCUUUUAGAGAUGAACAGGAUUCUACGUCCUGGAGGAUACUUCAUUAUAUCAACUAAACAUGGAGAUAUCGAUAAUGAAGAAGGUGCAGCUAAACAUGGAGAUUUUAAUAGUGAAGAAGGCAUGUCCACAUUGAUGGCAUCAAUCUGCUGGAAUAUUCUGGCGCACACAACUGAUGAAGUCAAUGAAGUGGGUGUUAGAAUAUAUCAGAGACCAGCAUCAAAUGAUAUAUAUGAUCUGCGACGGACUAAAGAACCUCCUUUCUGCAAGGAAGAUGACAAACAAGAUGCUGCUUGGUAUACUCCAAUAAAAUCAUGCUUACAUAAAGUUCCAGCUGCUAUAGAGCAACAUGGUACUGAUUGGCCAGAGGAAUGGCCCAAGAGGCUUGAAACUUUUCCUGAAUGGCUGGGUGAUUUACAAGAAAAGUUGACCGCAGAUCAUAAACACUGGAAUUCUAUCAUUAGCAAAUCAUAUCUUAAUGGGAUAGGUAUCGAUUGGUUAAAUAUUCGAAAUAUUAUGGAUAUGAAAGCCAUUUAUGGAGGAUUUGCAGCAGCCCUAUCAUCUCAAAAGGUUUGGGUGAUGAAUGUAGUUCCUGUGCAUGCUCCAAACACUCUUCCUAUCAUUUAUGAGCGUGGAUUUCUUGGCGUCUACCAUGAUUGGUGUGAACCAUUCAGCACGCACCCAAGGUCAUAUGAUCUUUUGCAUGCUGAUCAUCUCUUCUCACGUCUUAAGAACAGGUGUAAGCAGCCAGUUGUUAUUGUGGUUGAGAUGGAUAGAAUUCUGAGGCCGGGAGGUUGGGCCAUCAUCCGUGAUAAGUUGGAGAUCUUGAAUCCAUUAGAGACCAUCUUGAAAUCACUGCACUGGGAAAUAAGGAUGACUUAUGCCAAGGAUAAGGAGGGUAUUAUCUGUGCACAGAAAACAAUGUGGAGGCCAUAAAGCUAUUGGAUCUAUCCAUGUGCUGUAAUCAUUUAGUCUGUCUUCCUCCAUUUUGAGGGAAAAGGCUGGGGCUUCUGGUUCUCGAUGUUCAUUCAUAUGUCGGCACAAGAAAUUUUCGGAAGCAUUUGAUUCUGGAAUUACUCACUCAGAAGCAUGCCAAAUUCUGGAGGGUUCGCUCUUAUGAUUGCAAUGUAAAAGGGAGCUGUUUAUUGGAAUAGCUCGAGUGAAAACAUAUGUUGUGUUACCAUUCAACCCCCUGGUAAAAUUGUGAAACUGCGAUGUAUCCUGGACCAGUUUUGAAAUCAUGAUUGAGCGUGUGACAAGUGAAAGUUAUUAUUAUCUUUGUGAGA